AUGUCAUUAUUUCAAAUAUUCCUUGUCCUGUUUGUAUCCAUUCUUUAUGGCCUAUCUUCGGUUCAUACCACUCCGCCACCAUCUGAUGCUCCUCGUCAAGAAUUAAGCAGGUACAUUGCCAAUGUAAAACAAGCCGAUAGACGAUUGUAUAGUGCAAAAGAUCAUGUUGGUCAUACCAUGGAUUGUGUAAAAAUUAUUCCAAAUUCAGAAAUAUUCAAUGAGUUUAUCGCUGUUUAUCAUACAUAUAUCAAUGGCAUUCCGAAAGUGAAUCUUGCAACAUCAACUGAUUUAAUGACAUGGACAUGGAUUAGAGAAUUAGCUAGUCAAGCAUCGCAGCCAGCUAUUUCUAUCUCAUCGGAUGGUGGUUUUAUUCUCAUCUGGGAACAAGAACCAAGAAAUCAUUUAAAAUUCGUUUAUUUCAAAACUUGGUCAGAUUUACAACAGGGUAUAAUAGCGAAGAGUUAUGAUGCCUUGCGCACAUUGUCUGUAUGUGCUGAAGGUACACCGAAUAUAUAUCGAGCAAAUAGUACAUAUAUUGAAAUUGGAUAUCAUUAUUAUUGGAAUUGUGAUGUUGAUCGGCAAGCUCGUGGAACAUUAAUAAAUUUUAAAAAGUGGCAAUCAACGAAACAGCAAAAUUUGGAUAAUGCAUUACUGCAUUGGGGUGUUAAAGGAAAUAUUGGUGAUAGAGAUGCGGUAACUUACGAUGGGUAUGAUUUUACUCUCAUUGAAGGACAAUAUGCAAAGAAAGAUUUUGGUACAUGGCGAACAUUCAUAUAUGAUUACCAAACUGGUAAUGCUGAUCAGUUGAAUAUUGAAACAGACGGAGGUAGUCAAGCAUUUGCAAAUCCAACCAUAACAUUUAUCACUAUUGAUGGUCAACGAGCAAUAUUAGUAACAUUAUUUGUUCCAAGUGAAAACUCGGCACCUGGAGAAGCUGGUGAACUAAUUUAUUAUAAAAAAUAUUAA